AUGCCAGGUGAGAGCUCUGAGCCUGGUGACGGAGGCACCGGAAGAGCAGUGAUGGAGGCGACGCCGGCGUUCGACGCCAGAACCAUUCCGGAAUUUGACGGAACUGGGAACGUCGUGGAAUGGCUGGAGCAGGCUGCUCUCCUGUGCGAGCUACGCGCGGUAUCGUUGAUGGCGGUGCUGCCGACUCGGCUGCGCGGUGGUGCUUUUGCGGUGUGGUCGCGAAUGCCUCCGGAGACUCGCCAUCACCUGUCCAGUGUGAAAGCCAAGCUACUGAGGGCCUUCGCCAUGGACCCAUUCACAGCACAGGCCGAGAUGACCAGACGCCACCUUCGUCCCGGAGAAACAGCAGACGUCUAUCUGGCGGCGCUGCAGCAGCUCGCUGAGCUGAUGGGUGGUCUCCCCGAAAGGGCCAUCGCGAUCGUCUUUGUCAACGGACUGCCGGAGACUGUGCAGGCCUCGGUCCGUGACGGGCUCGGGGAGAGCUUCACGCUGGACAGAGCGCCGGUGAUCAUCAUGCUGCUCAACGGACGGCCGUGUCACGCGCUGGUGGACACGGGCUGCGAGGAAACGGCGCGCGGCCCGGGGCUCGGGGACGGCAGUGUGACGGGAGAGGAGCGCUCGGAAUAUGCAGGUGUUCGGCCUGAAUCGAGUGGCUCAUCUGCCGCUGUGGUUAAGGCGCGCGGUCCGGGGGACAGACAGAUCGAGACGGCGGACUUUCUGGCAAAGUUCAGUGCAGGGAAGUGGACAGUGUGGUGGAAGUGGGCCAACGGCAAGGAGCCUGUGAGGCUCGCAAAUACUGUGCCGCAGUAUCGCGUGCCGGCCGAGGCGCAGGGACAGUUCGAUGAUGAGUUGCAGUUGUGGAUAGAUGAAGGUUGGCUGCAGCCUUACGACGAACGAGAGCAUGGACCGGUGCGAGGUUUGAUCCCGCUCAUGGUGGCGAUUCAGGAGGCCAAGAACAAGGUCAGGCCGGUGCUCGACUACAGAGAGUUAAAUGAGCAUCUGGUGCCCCAUACGGCUGAAGCCGAUGUUUGCCGUGACCAGCUCCGCAAGUGGCGCCGUCAUGGAGCCAAUGUUGCUGUGAUUGAUCUGAAGAAGGCCUUUCUGCAGCUACACGUGGCUCCAGAGCUGUGGCCAUUCCAGACAGUGAUUGUUGGUGGCCAGAGAUAUGCUUUGACGCGUGUCGGGUUCGGUCUGUGCAUUGCGAGUGACGUCAUGCGAGCAGUGGUGCGGGAGGUAUUAGAUCAGGACCCCGAUAUGGCAAAGGCUGUGCUACCCUACGCUGAUGACCUGUUGGUAAACGAGACGUACGUCUCGUCCCAGCAGGUAGCGCAGCAUUUUGCCAGGUACGGACUGGAGUGCAAGCCGCCGGAGCGCGCGACAAAUGAAGCGGGAGCGAGAAUGCUGGGACUGCGCGUGCAGCAGGGCCUCGACGGCGCACUGCGAUGGACGCGGGACGACCUGACACCGUCAAAGCCACCUGAGGUGUUGACCAGGCGCGCGGUCUUCGCUUGGGCAGGUCAGCUGACGUCACACAUGCCUGUUGCUGGGUGGCUGCGACCAGCCGCUGCCUGGCUAAAGAGGACGGCGAACAAAGCGAGUGACGACUGGGACUCACCGAUCGGUGACAAUGACUUGCUCAAACAGGUCACUGACGUGGCCCGGCGGGUGACAGAGCACGACCCAGCACGGGGACAGUGGUGCGUCUCCGGCGAAUCUGUCACCGUGUGGACUGACGCCAGUGCCAUCGCCCGCGGCGUGGUCCUAAGUGACCCUGACACGGGCGAGGUGAUCGAAGACGCCGCGUGGCUGCGCACCGAGGUGGACACCGACAUGCACAUCAACUUGUCUGAGCUGGAUGCUGCGUUGAACGGUGUCAACAUGGCCGUGGCGUGGGGUUUCAGACGGCUGAAUCUGCGCACGGACUCCGUAACCGUUCAGCGCUGGCUUACCGACGCGCUAACAGGCCGAGCCAGGCUACGCACCAAGGCGCAGUCUGAAAUGCUGAUACGGCGGCGGGUGGCAGUGUUCAUGCAGCUGGUGACUGAGUACGGUCUUGCCGUGUCGGUAGAACUUGUGCCGUCAGCGAAUAACCGAGCCGAUGAACUGACAAGAGUGCCAAGGGAGUGGCUGAAGGUCAAACCGCCAGAGGCCGUGGGCGUGGUGGCCGCCGUGAGGACAGCGCGUGCAGAGGACAUACAGGCGGUGCAUGAGAGCGUGGGCCACCAGGGGGUGCGCCGUACUUGGUGGUACGCGCGCCGAGAGCUGGGCAGCGGAGCCGUGACAAAGUCAGCGGUCCGGGCGGUCGUCAAAUCGUGCCAGGUGUGCACGUCCAUCGAUCCUGCCCCGUCGCGGUGGAAGCACGGCACCCUGGAGGUCGACCGUACCUGGGAGCGGCUGGCCAUGGACGUCACACAUUUUCGCGGCAAGACCUACCUGACCGUGAUCGACUGCGGACCGUCGCGGUACGCAAUGUGGCGCGAGAUUCGCCGCUCUGACGGCAGCGAGAUCGUCGGGCAGCUAGAAAGCAUCUUUUUAGAGCGAGGGGCGCCGGCCGAGCUUUUGAUGGGUAACGCGACGGAGUUCAAAGGACGAGAGUUGAAGGCGUUCGCGGCGCGAUGGGACGUGAACUUGAGGUACCGCGCAGCAUAUGAGCCUGGCGGGAAUGGUAUCAUCGAGCGCCACCACCGCACCAUUAAAGUGAUGGCCACCCGUCAGGGCUGCACCGUGCCGGAGGCUGUGCAUCGUUAUAAUGUCACGCCCAAGGACGGCUGUGAUAUCGCGUCGGCCCCCGUACACGGCGUGUACCGUCAGGCUGGUAGGGACUUGUGUGUACAGUCACAUGGAGGCACAUCUGUUCCGACUGCCCGCCAGCCUGGCGUAUUUCAGCUCGGAGACGCGGUGUGGAUUCGGAAACGGGGUGAUCGGUGCACCGCGGUGUCCAGGGAAGGCACUGUCACUAAAAUCGUCUCACCGCAGACGAUAGAGGUGGACGGUGUGCCGUGGCACGUCCGAAACGUGCGGCAUCGUCUGGUCGAUGACGCGACAGUGAUUGCGACAGAGGAGGAGCACGGGCAGAUGGACAAUGACGUCCCUUGUCCGGUUCCGACCGUCCGGGCGCCCGGGCGGCUGGCCAUUGAGGCCCCGGCGACGGCCCCGACGGUCGCGCCGACUAACGACCCUGCCGGGGACCCGCAGACUGAGACGCGAGGUGACGUGAAACUGGAAACGGACACCGAAGGCCAAGGUUCGGCUUUGGAAAAUGAAACGCCAAGUGACCGCAGGGAUGAGGCUGAGGGACCGGCGGAAGUGCCGGCCACCGCCGGCUUGCCGGAGUCCGCCGCCGCCGACUCGCCGGUGUCGGCCGGAGCCGCGGCACCGGUGCGUCCCCCGUCACCGGCGACCAGUGCCGAGCCGCCGCAGCCGCCGCCAGCGCAGGCCGAGCUGGUGGUGCUGGACGCCGACUCCAAGUUCAAACCGGCGCGGACCUGCGAGAGCAAAGACCGCGAGCUCCAGGAAGCCAUCAUGAGGUCGCUGGAGGGAGCGCCGGCCGACGCCUCGGAGCAGGCACACCUAUCGGAGCUCUGCGUGGAAGACGGCCAGUCUCUCUGCUCAGUGGACCUGGCCGGCGACUUUACCUACCGGCUGGUGGGCGUCGUCAGCCACUACGGCAGCGCCACACACUCUGGGCACUACGUGUCGGAUGUGUACAGCGUCGGCAGGGACAGGUGGUUCCACUACGACGAUCGGCGCGUCAGCUGUGUGGACGAGGCCGACGUUCUGGGCGAGGCCGGACACCAGAGGAACGGCUACAUCUUCUUCUACCUGCACAAAGACCUUUGCGACCAAGUGGUCAGUGUGGAGGAAGCCGGCGGGGCGCUGUGA